AUGUUGAGCACGCUCGCCAGAGGCGCCCGUUCGGUCGCUGUCCGAAACUAUUCGGCCGCUACUCUCGAUGCUCACUCCCAAGUACUCGACGAUCAGAAGCCGAUGGAGGAGCAAGUCAACCCAUCUUUCUACAAGAUGGUUGACUUCUACUUCGACAAGGGAGCAGAGGUCAUCGCCCCAAAACUUGUUGAAGAGCUCAAGUCCAACUCUUUGAGCCAGAAGGAUAAGAAGAACCUCGUCACUGGAAUCCUCGGAGCAAUCAAGCCAGUCAACAAGGUCCUUUACAUCACUUUCCCAAUCCGUCGUGAUAACGGAGAGUUCGAGGUUGUCGAGGCCUGGCGUUCUCAGCAUUCUGAGCACAGAACACCAACCAAGGGAGGAAUCCGUUAUUCCCUUGACGUGUGCGAAGAUGAAGUGAAGGCUCUGUCUGCUCUCAUGACAUACAAGUGCGCUGUUGUUGACGUUCCAUUCGGAGGAGCCAAGGGAGGAGUCAAGAUUGAUCCUAAACAAUACACCGACUACGAGAUCGAAAAGAUCACUCGUCGUAUCGCUAUCGAAUUCGCUAAGAAGGGAUUCCUCGGCCCCGGAGUUGAUGUGCCAGCACCAGAUAUGGGAACCGGAGAACGUGAGAUGGGAUGGAUCGCCGAUACAUACGCUCAGACCAUCGGACAUUUGGAUAGAGAUGCCUCCGCAUGCAUCACCGGAAAGCCAAUUGUGAGUGGUGGAAUUCACGGACGUGUCUCUGCUACCGGACGUGGAGUCUGGAAGGGACUCGAAGUCUUCACCAACGAUGCAGAUUACAUGAAGAUGGUCGGACUUAACACCGGACUCGCUGGAAAGACCGCUAUUAUCCAAGGAUUCGGAAACGUCGGACUCCACACUCACAGAUACCUUCACCGCGCUGGAUCCAAGGUUAUUGGAAUUCAAGAGUACGACUGCGCUGUCUACAACCCAGAUGGUAUCCACCCGAAAGAACUUGAAGACUGGAGAGACGCCAAUGGAACUAUCAAAAAUUUCCCAGGAGCCAAGAACUUCGAUCCAUUCACUGAUCUCAUGUACGAGAAGUGCGAUAUCUUCGUUCCAGCUGCUUGCGAGAAGUCUAUCCACAAGGAGAAUGCUCAUCGUAUUCAAGCCAAGAUCAUUGCUGAGGCUGCCAACGGACCAACAACUCCAGCUGCCGACAAGAUUCUUCUUGCUCGUGGAGACUGCCUUAUCAUUCCAGACAUGUACGUCAACUCUGGUGGAGUCACUGUUUCAUACUUCGAGUGGUUGAAGAACCUUAACCAUGUCUCUUACGGACGUCUCACCUUCAAGUACGAUGAGGAGGCCAACAAGAUGCUUUUGGCUUCGGUCCAAGAAUCCCUCUCCAAGGCUAUCGGAAAGGAAGCUCCAGUUGAGCCAAACGCUGCUUUCGCCGCCAAGAUUGCCGGAGCUUCAGAGAAGGACAUCGUACACUCUGGACUUGAAUACACCAUGCAACGUUCCGGAGAAGCCAUUAUCCGCACUGCCCACAAAUACAACCUUGGACUUGAUAUCCGUACCGCGGCUUACGCCAACUCCAUCGAGAAGGUCUACAACACCUACAGAACCGCUGGAUUCACCUUCACAUAA